GUUGGUGUAAAAGGAAGGAAGCACAGAGAGGUGAUAGAAGGAGGAGCUGAAUAUAAACUCUGGUCUUAUCUACAUUAAGUGCAGCUUCUCUUUGUUCUGCAUUUAUUAUCAAUGCAAAGUCGAACACUUUGAGAUUAGAUGCAGAUCAGCGUGCAGGGCUGGACGUGAGGAUGGGGCACUCUUUGCUCUGUUUGCUGGGGUUAUUCUUGCUCAGUACAGUCAUCCAUGGAAACACUGAAGUUCCCAGUAAGCCCACUGUGACCCUGCAGCCAUCCUGGACUCAGAUAUACAGCGGUGAGACAGUCACUGUCAGAUGUGAGAUUCAGGGAGGUGAAGGAGCUCAGUGGACGUAUGAAUGGAGAGCAGCCAAGUUAAACACACCUCCAACAUCCAAUGAAUACAGAAUCAUCAGAGCUACUGAGUCUGACAGUGGAGGAUACAGCUGCCGGGGCAGGAGGGACUAUUUCUUCUCAGAGUGGAGUGAUAUCAUCACACUGACUGUAUCAUAUAAACCAAAGGCCAAACUGAGAGCUGAUAACACAGCUGUUCCAGUAGGGGGCAGUGUGACCCUGACCUGCUCUGUGAACCCAUCAUCAUCAUCUGGAUGGAAAUACUACUGGUACAGAGAUGAGAAAUCCUCUGAAGCCCUGACCACACAAGAUGCAGUUUUCCACUCAAAUGGACAAAUCAGUGUCUCACAGGAAGGACUCUACAGGUGCAGAGGAGGAAGAGGAAACCCAGUUUACUACACAGAGGACAGCCAGUCAGUCAGGAUUGGGAAAACUGUAACAGCCUCAAACAGGCCUGUUGUGACUCUGUAUCCAAACUGGUCUGAGAUAUACAGAGGAGAGACGAUCACUGUCAGAUGUGAGAUCCAUGGAGGAGACACUGAGUGGGAUUAUGAGUGGGAAACAAACAGCAGGAUAAAAGCUCCAAAUCAAAAUGAAUACAGGAUUAGAUCUGCUUCAUCAUCCAACAGUGGAAACUAUCGCUGUAAGGGCAGAAUGAAAAGUUCACAGCAUAAAACAACAGAGUGGAGUGAUUCAGUCACACUGACAGUUUCUGACAAUAAACCCCGUCCUGUCCUCACUGUGUCUCCAUCAUGGCUGAGUCCUGGAGCCUCAGUAACUCUGAACUGUGAGGUUGAACAUCCGUCUGCAGGAUGGAGCUUCUACUGGUAUAAAGCUGUUCCUGAUCUAUCAGAGAAAUCCUCCAGUUAUGAGCUGCUACCUGAUGGCAGUGGGACUGCACAGGACUCCCUACAUCAUUCAUGGACAGACACACACAAUGUUCCAAAGGUGAUCGUUGUGUCUAUGAGACAGUCAGAAGAUGUGAAAACACUGAAAAUGUCUUCAUGUGGUCCUCUUACAUUUCAUGGCAGCACUGCCAUCAUGUCACUGUUCACACUGUUUGGUCACAUCAGCAGCAACAAACUCAGCUGA